AUGUAUCUUUUUCUAAAGGCAAAACUAUUUGGUGAAAUCGGUAUUAAAUUACACAUAACCGAUUGUCAACCGAUUACUGAUGGUGUUUACUCAUCUAUGAAUUAUUUCUUAGCACAAGUACGUGAAAAAUUUGAUCAUCAGAUAUUUCGUCAUACUAAUUUGCUAACAUUAAAAUGGUAUUUAGAAGAAGAAAAUAAUGAACUAUUUAGUGGAUUCAUAUUGGAACGAAUUGAGCCUGAUUUAAUACUGAUCGUUUAUCCAGAUAGUAUUGAUCAAAUAGAAGAAUUGAAUUCAGCCAAGUAUCAACUUGAAAAUUGUAUACAAAAAUAUUUUGAUACAGUUGAAACACGUGUAGCGAUUGGAGUAAAUUGUUUUAAAAUUCAACUUUUUAUCAAUGAUAACAAUUUAAAUAAUGCUAUAAAUGAAUGGAAAUCCGCUAUGAUUCCAAUUGCAUACAAUAUAGAAAAUUCAGAAAAAAAUUUUAACAUGAUUCAUUUGGCGAAAUUAGCACAAAAUCAAUUAUUUCAAAAUGAUCUUUGUUUGAUUCAACAAUCCAAUGAAAAAAUGAUUUCAUUAAUACCAGAUUUUCUUGUUUAUUUAAAACAAUUACAAUCAGACGCAACUGUUCAAAAUGAUGAUAAUUUUUCAAAAUUAUUAAUUCAUGGUAUCAAAUGUAUGAAUGAUAUGAAAGAAUUUAAAAUAUAUUUACAAACUAUGAUUGGUAAACCAAUUGAUCCAAAAGGAUUACGUUGUCAAUUGAUCAGUAUGAUUUUACAAAUAUUAAAUGAUCUAAUUGAAUUGAUUAAAAAUAUUUAUCAACAAAUUAUUACACCAUUAUUUCAAAUUACACCAGGAUGUGAAACAUUACAACAAAUUGCUAAAAAGAAAACAAUGAAAAAUUCAUUGAAACAAUUAAUUCAAUUAAUACAAACUGCUCCUCCACCUAGUACUACUACUACUACUACUAGUAGUAGUAGUAGUAGUAAUCGUGAUAAUAAUAAUAAUAAUGAUUAUGAUGUCAAAUCAAUGACUGAUUACUUUGACAUGAUACCGGCUAGUUUGCAGUGUAUUAUUCGAGAUGAGAAUUUUGAAAAAUAUGGUUGGAUGUUAUGUAUUACUAGUAGUUUGUUGAUUAGUUUAAGAAAAAUUGACCUUUAUAUGGAUGAAUAUUUUUUUUCAAUUAAGUUGUAUGACACAAAUUAUGUGUAA